UAAUGUCAAUGUUACUAGCGUUUCUAGUGCCAAAUUAAUAACACAAAUUCUAGUUAAUAUUGCAGUGUAGCCACUACACCAUUUUCUUUUAAAUUUUUAAACAAUCAAGGACAUCCUACCUCAACCGUCGUUUAAUACUGUGUUCACUGCCAAUAAAAUCGAAAUUCGCCUAUUUUGAUUCGUGAAUUAAGGAUCAUAUUUGCUGGCGUGUGGAAGCCAUCUUGCAUUUAGAUUUUGAAAAUCUGUGAUAGAUUUUUUAAACCAGUUUUUUAAGUACAAUGGUUACGGUGCCCAAAAGAAUUAGUAUUGAUCUCAUUGAGCCGAAUCUGUAUUUGGGAAAUCGUUCAGCAGCCAAAGAUCUUCAAACUAUUGAAAAAUAUAACAUAACGCACAUUUUAUCGAUCGAUCAAACUCCACUACCUCAUGAAAUAGUAAAGAACGAAAAUUUGACCACAAAAUUCAUCUGUCUUCGCGAUCAACCAGAAGACGACUUGUUGUAUCACCUAGAUGAUACUUACGCUUUUAUUUCAAAAGGUCUGUCCAAAGGAUGUGUGUUAGUUCACUGCUUUUACGGCGUGUGUCGAAGCGCCUCUACUAUUAUUGCGUUUAUUAUGAGGAAGCAUCACGUUUUGUAUAAAGAAGCAUUUGAGAGGGUGCAAGAGCAAAGAAAUAAGGUCUGCCUCAACACUGGAUUUAUUGCGCAAUUGAAACUUUACCAAGAAAUGGGGUACAAAGUAGACUCGUCAUACACAAAUUAUAGAAUUUACAGAUUGCAGAAAGUUGCAAAUCAAGUACGUGAAAUGCAGUUGGUGCCACAAGAGUGCAAGGAUGUCAUCCAGAAGGAUCCUGGACUGGGUCCAGUAGCGCCAGAAGCCAACGUUUAUUGUUGUAAGGAGUGUAGUAGGGUUUUAGCAGAUGAGUCACAAUUGAUUCCUCACAAGACCCACCAGGGAGAAGUGUGUAAUAUGGCGUAUUUUGUUUUUCCAAUUGAUUGGAUGGAUUGCUGCAAGAUCCUCCAAAGAGCGCUGUGGUGCCCACAAUGUAAUGUCAACGUGGGCUCUUUCAACUGGAAUAUUGGUGUAAGAUGUCCAGAGUGUCAUAAUGCACAGAUUCCUGCGUUUUGUUUAACACCAGCAAGGGUGGAAUUUAUCAAAGGAUGCAAACCUUGAUGUGUUUCUAUUUUUUUAAUGUUUUAAUGCUCAGUAAUUUAAUAUAUUUGUAAAUACUUAGAUAGAAUUAAAAGUAUGUAUUGUGUAACACACUUUUUAUGUGCUUUACUGCAAUUUGGACUGAAUAUUGGCUGUUUUUUUUUAAGUAAAGACUGAUGUUUACACUUACUAUUUUAUGUAAAACAAAAAUAAAAAGAUAAUAUUUUUUGGACAUCCUGUUUUUUCUAUCACUAUACUGUGAUUUCUCAGAAAAUGUGCAGACAGGAGACACUAUGAUGUAUGGUAACUGAAAUUAAUGAUUAUUUUUCUUGUUGAGAAUGA